CAUCGGCCGAGCAAGCUGCAGGCAGAGGCGCGGAAGCCCCUGCCAUGGCUGCCAUCCGCAAGAAGCUGGUGAUUGUAGGGGAUGGAGCCUGCGGGAAGACCUGUCUCCUCAUCGUGUUCAGCAAGGACCAAUUUCCUGAAGUCUACGUCCCCACUGUCUUCGAGAACUAUAUCGCUGACAUAGAGGUGGAUGGCAAGCAGGUGGAGCUGGCACUUUGGGACACAGCCGGCCAGGAAGACUAUGACCGCCUUCGGCCUCUGUCCUACCCAGACACCGACGUCAUCCUCAUGUGCUUCUCCAUCGACAGCCCUGACAGCCUGGAAAACAUCCCUGAAAAGUGGACCCCGGAGGUGAAACACUUUUGCCCCAAUGUGCCCAUCAUCCUGGUGGGAAACAAGAAGGACCUUCGGCAGGACGAACACACCAGGAGGGAACUGGCCAAGAUGAAGCAGGAGCCAGUUCGAUCCGAAGAAGGCCGGGAUAUGGCCAACCGCAUCAGUGCCUUUGGUUACCUCGAAUGCUCUGCGAAGACCAAAGAGGGGGUGCGGGAGGUAUUCGAAAUGGCCACUCGGGCUGGCCUCCAGGUCCGCAAGAACAAGCGUAGGAGGGGCUGCCCGCUUCUCUGAGAUUGGUUCCCCCCAAUUUCCCUCACCCCUCGAUAAUAGACAGGAGGGUCUCGAAAGCCUCCUUUGCCCCCAUCUCGAAUUCUUAUAGGGUUCCAUGCCAAACACACCCACUCUUUCAGUCCCCUCCAGCCAGCCCAGGACUGCAUGGCACCUGCCCAGCUCCCUGACACCUCUCUGGGCAGUUGUCGGCCUUUCCUUGCAUCCCUUCCAGACCUCUGGGAAUGGAGGCCUCUGCCCUAGCCAGAGAUGGGGAUCUGGACCCCCCAUUGGCCUUUCUCUGAAGAACCACACACCAGCACUUUAUACAUGAUCUUCUGGCUCUAGCAAUGCAUGGGAGGAACUUGAGGACAAAACAGAGCCCAUUCCUCCCCUGGCAUGGGCAGGGGCCUGGUGUAACCUCUAGCUCUUUCUAAUAGGAGGUUUGAAUAAAAUCUGCAAAGCUCCAA